AUGUUCCUCGCCUUAGCAUUCGCACUCGCCACUCGUAUUUUCGCGGAUGACUUUCGUCCAGUCUACCAUUUUGUCCCUGAGGCGAACUGGAUGAACGAGCCCAACGGGUUGAUUAAGAUCAAAUCAACCUGGCACCUGUUCUAUCAGCAUAACCCAACGGCAAAUGUCUGGGGUAAUCUGAACUGGGGCCACGCAACCAGUAGUGACCUGGUUCACUGGACUCACGAGCCACUUGCCAUUACAAGCGAGAACGGCGUCGAAGCCUUCACCGGCACCAGCUAUUAUGAUGCCGACAACACCUCCGGUCUGGGAUCUUCUACCAGCCCACCCUAUCUGGCCUACUACACUGGGUACUUCCCUUCCAAUGGCACCCAGGACCAGCGCCUUGCCUUUAGCGUCGACGAUGGUGUCACCUGGACGAAGUACCAUGACAAUCCUAUUAUCUCAGCUGCCGAGGAGUCGCCGUCCGACUUGACGGGUGGGCUGGAGACCCGCGACCCUAAGGUCUUUUUCCACGAGACAUCUGGAAAAUGGGUCAUGGUCCUUGCUCAUGGCGGACAGGACAAGCUGUUGUUUUGGACAUCGUCGAACGCAAAGUCCUGGACGUGGAAGAGCGACCUUUCUGCUGGCCAAAUCGAGGGUCUACCGUCUGGAAUCACUGGGUGGGAAGUGCCUGAUAUGUUCGAGCUUCCUAUCCAGGACACAAACUCGACUACCUGGGUGUUGAUUAUGACUCCUGCAACCGGAUCUCCCGCUGGUGGUAAUGGUGUGGUAGCCCUGACUGGCUCCUUUGACGGAUCAACAUUCAAACCCGACCCCGUCGACCCUUCUACCCUUUGGCUCGACUACGGUCGCGAUUUCGACGGUGCCAUGAGUUGGGAAAAUGUCCCUGCUGUAGACGGGCGGCGGAUCCUUGCCUCUGUCAUGAACAGCUACGGCGCUAGCCCACCAACCAAUACCUGGAAAGGGAUGCUCUCUUUCCCUCGGACCAUUAACCUGAAGGAGAUAGCCUCCAAGCGAUACUUCCUCCAGCAGCCUGUCAAUGAGAUCAACCUUGUUGGUUCCUCACUCGCGAUAAUUCAGAAUCAAGCAAUUAUCAGCGGCCAAACGUUGCUGUCAUCCAUCCGCGGGACCGCAUUAGAUAUCAAACUUGCCUUUACCAUUGAGGCAGGCGCCAAACUCUCGCUGGCGGUGCGCAAGGCCGCAUCAGAGCAAACAAUUAUCCAGUAUGAACAGACAACCUCUUCGAUAUCUGUUGAUCGAACGACGAGUGGAAACAUCUCCUACGACCCAGCUGCAGGCGGUGUCCACAGUGCGACACUUAAACCAGAUGGCUCUGGGGUAAUUCAACUCCGCGUCCUAGUCGACACUUGCUCGGUGGAGGUCUUUGGCGGAGAAGGAGAAUUUGUGAUUUCAGACCUGAUUUUCCCGAGCGAGGCCUCUGAUGAGGUAUACUUGGAGGCCAAUGGGGGAUCGGCUAAUUUGCACUCCGUCGAGGUGCGCGGCAUUUCGCUCAAUUAA